AUGAAAGCCCCUGUACGCACGCGACCUCAACGGCAGAAACUGUUCACAGUCAAUUCGGAUCCAACAAACCUCGAUGCUAUGUACACAAGAUUUCUAGGCAGGACGGGGCCCAAGAUGCUGAGCGACGAGACAAAGUGGUUGGCUAUUACACACAAAAGUUUCGAUCACGGGAGAAGAGGGUUUAAUGAUCGUUUGUCAUUUUUGGGACGUCAAAUACUCGAGCUACAAACCUCGUUGGCAGUACUUACAGCUGCCGAUGUCACGAACCAGGUUAAUAACAACGUGGAUCCUUUUGGAAGACUGGCAUUCCAUCAUCCUGCAACUGCGAACGUGGGGGUACUCAAUGGUGGUGCGAAAGAAUUUUACAUGCAUCACAAGCAGAUGAGUGGUGUUGCUUCGCGAUAUGGGUUACCAGAAGUUGUGCGAUGGCAGCCAAAAGAUGUUGACAAUCUACCAGCUUCGGGCUCCGACAUGGUUUAUACACAAGCACUUUUUGCGAUCAUUGGAGCAUUGUCAUUGGAACAAGGCAAUCAGGUCGCCAACCGAAUAGUAAGAGAAAGGAUAUUACAGCCCAUCGGGUUGAGAAGCGACAUGGUUGGAACCACACCUGCACAACCACAGCUCAAUGCUUCAUGA